AUGUUCCGCUCAACCCUCCGACCCCUCACCUCCGUGGCAUCAGCCACCUCCCGCCGUGCCCCCGUCACCCGCCUCUCCUCCGCCGCCGCCUUCCACACCACCCGCCCCAUGUUCAUCAAGCCCGGCGACCCGCUCCCCGACACCGAUGCGCUGAUGGAAAAGACCCCCGGGCAGCGGGUCAACCUGGCCGAGGAAGCGGAACGGGUGAACAAGAUGCUGCUGAUUGGGGUUCCCGCGGCGUUUUCGCCGGCGUGUUCGGCUACGCAUGUGCCGGGGUAUGCGCAGCAUCCGAAGACGAAGGAGAUGAAGGCGUGGGGUGACGCGUUGGAUCCGGCUGGGGAUCAAGGGAUCCGCUUCUUCGCCGACCCGACGGGGCAGUUCACCAAGGCACUCGACCUAGCGUUUGAUGGGUCGGCCAUCUUUGGUGGUGACCGAUCCAAGCGCUACGCUAUUGUUGUCGAGAACGGCAAGGUCAAGUCGGUUGCUGUCGAGCCCGACAACACCGGGACUAGCGUCUCGCUGGCCGAGAACGUUUUGGGCUCUGUCUGA